AUGGGGGGCGGCGCUGUCGCCGGCGGGGCGGGGCAACACGGGCCCCUGCCCACGCAGCAACAGAGAAACUACAGAAAGGUGGGCGUGGGCUCCGGGGUGCAGGUGGCCGCGGCGACGGGGCAGCCGCUGCUGGCGCCGGCGCCGAUGCAGCAGUUCGUGCCCUACCCCCACCCCCACCCGGGCCACCCGGCGCACGCGGCGCCGCAGCCGGCGCUCCAGUACCAGCACAUGAUGCGGAUGUACGGCGGCGGCGUGGCGCCCGGCGUGGGCGGCGGAGUGGGCGUGGGCGGCGGCGUGGGCGUGGGCGAGGGCGCGGCUUACGCGCCCCAGGCCCCGUCGCCGGCCGCCGCCUCGCCCGCCCUCUACCCGCCCCCCUCGCCCGCCCACACGCCCCACCCCCACCAGCACCCGCACCCGCAUCCCCACCAUCACUACCAGCAGCCGCCCUUUCAGGUACUAUGCCCACUGAUGGGCCCGGCGAGCGCAGCUCACCAUCACCACCACCACCACGUGGCGUACCUGAACCACGCGCCGCAAACCGCGUCGCCACCUCACCACCCACAUCCCAUACAGCAAGUGCUGCUGCCGCCGCAGCACCAGACGAACGGCGGCUCGUCGACGCCGGGCGUGCACUCGGCGCACCCG